AUGGAGCGGUCGGGGGAGGGACCGCGGCGGGCGGCAGGCGGGAAAAAAGCGGCGACGAAAUCGAAGCUCGUGGUCAGCCGCGCGAGACCAUCAGACACCACCACAAACCUCGACGACAGCUGGCACAUCCCGGAGCCCUCUGAUUGGCUCUCCACCUCCACGUCAGCCACCACCACACCAUCUGCCGCACUCACAAAUGCACCCGCCGCCGCCGCUGCUGCUAGUGCUGCUGCUGCUGCGGAUUCAUCCCGCUCCAGCGCGCACAGCAGUACCCACAGCAGCAGCGGCAGAGGCCGGCCCACCCGUACGGUUCUCACCAGGGGGAAUCCUCCCCUCGAACCCAAACCAGACGCCGUUGCUGCUGCUUCUGCUUCUCGUGCUGGCGGGGGGUCAGGGAGAGGCAGUAAAGCAGAUAAUGACGGGGGGGGAUGGGAUCCGGAUUGGGAUGACAUUCCUGCUGAUGGUGGGGAUGGCUGGGGUAGCAUGUCGCCAGUUAGAGACGUGGAGAGGGGCGGGCGAGGGGGGAGCGUGAGCGGGCCGGGUGGCGGGGGAAGCAGUGGGGGAGGGUGGGGGGGCGUGUGCGGUAGUCUUUACUCUACCGUGCUUGGGCCUGCUGGGUGGAAACCGCCUGUGCCUCUGCUGCUUGUAGGUAACGCUGAUGGCGGCACCAGCAGCGGCAGUAGCAGCAGCAAGAGUAGUGGUGGUGAUGCUGCUGCUGCUGGUGAGCAAGUGAUGAGAGCGGGCGGGGAGGGAGGAGGAGGUGCGAGUGGGGAGUAUGGGGGCGAGCAAGCAGAGGCACAGCCGCCGCAAGAGGAGGGACAUCAGCAGCCGCAGCAGGAGCAGCAGCAGCCGCAGCAGGAGCAGGAGAAAGAGAUGGAAGGUGGGGGUAAGAGGGCAAGAGCGGAAGGGGAAGAGCAGGGCCGUGAGCAGCAGGGAGCAAUGGAGGCGAGUGGUGGUGGGGAUGAGUUAGGCAGCCGAGGGGAGGGGGAAGCUGGAGAGGGCACCGUUAGGCUGUCUGAUGUGGGGGAGGAAGGGGAGGGGGAAGCGGGGGUUGCGGGUGAAGGGGAGGGCGCUGAGGGCGGGGAGGGCGGAGAGGGCGGAGAGGGCGGGGAGGGCGGGGAGGGCGGGGAGGUGGAUGAUAUUGUGGAGGAGGAGAGGGAACUGAACCGACUGCUGGAAAGAGAGGGCGGAGGGCGGAAGGACGAGGUAGACGAGCAAAGGGUUGAAGGAGCGGCGGAAAGGAAGGGGGAGGCAUUGGUGGGCGGAGAUGCAGAGCGGGGGGGUGAUGGAGGGGCGGAGGAGGCGGAGGAGAUUCUGAUGGCGCAACUGGGAGGCGGGGAAGGAGAGGGGGUGGAAGGAAGGGAGGAGGGCGCGAUGAAGGGGAGAGGGAAGCGGGGCGAGGAAAGAAAGAAGGCAAGCAGGAAGAGUGAGACGAGUGGGAAGAGCGGGAAGCGUGGGAAGGGUGGGAAGGGUGGGAAGAGCAGUUUGAGGUAUGCGAAUAUUGAAGAGACAGCAGGUGAAGCAGAUGGGGACGGUGCAGCAGAGGGGAGCGAUGAGGGUGCGGGUGAGGUGGACGGUGGGGAGCGUGCAGAAACGGUUGAAGCGAGUGAGGAAACGGAGGGUGGAGUGCAGAGAGGGAUAGCGGUAGGAAAGGGAGGACGAAAGGGGAAGAGACGGAGAGAAGGUGGGGACACGGCUGUCCUGGAGGGUGAAAAGGAGGGGGAAGAGGAGGGAGAGGAAGACGAUGAGGAUGGGGGCAAGACUGAGAAGAAGCUGGUUAGGAAGACGAAGAGAGGCGAGGAGGAGACGAGCAGGAGUGGCGAGCGGGAUGUGGGGGAGGAUGAUGAGGGUGCAGGGGCGGAGAACGAGGAGGGUGAGAAGGGACUUGGAAAAGAGAUGGUUACAAAGAAAGGGAAGAGUGGGACGGAGAAGACUAAGGGGACAAAGGGGAGAAAGGCUGGGAAAGAUGUUGAGAGUGAAAGCGCUGAGGCGGGUGAGGAGGAUGAGCCGACCGUGACUGGAGGAGAAGAGGAUGGGGAGAGAGGGGAUGAAGCUGCUGAAGAGGAGGGGGUGGGGAUAGCAGAACGGACGGUGCAGAAAGCUAAGAAAGGGGCGAAGAAGAGUGUGAUUGGUGAUGGAGUAACGAAGGAGAGGGUGGCAGCGGGAGACGGGAAGACGGGAAGGACAAGGACGAAGCAGGCGGGUAAGGGCGUGGGUGAGAGGGGUGAAGACGAAGAGAGUGGGGAUGGAGCGCAGAAGGGUAAGGAAGGGGAGGGAGAAAGGAGCGGAGAAGGGGAGGGAAGUGCAGAGGAAGCAGAGGAGGAGAGGGUAGUGAUUGAACCAGGCGUGAUAAUGACGCAUAUUCCUGUGAGCAAGAAGCCAGUGGUGGUGGCAGAUGCCGAAGAGACAGUGGGUGCUGACCCUGUGGAUGAGGAGGAGGAGGAAGAGGCGGAGGCAGAGGAGGGAGAGGAGGGGGAGGAGGGAGGGGAGGGAGGGAAGGGAGGAGAGGGAGGAGUGGAAGUUGGAGCGAGGAGCAAAGGAAGGAAGAGCAAGGGGAAGGAGACAAAAGGAGACGCUGUGGAGAGGGGGCGGGGUGCAGGGAAGGAGGUGAUGAUGACAGGAGGCUCUGGUGGGGAUGAUGGGGCAGGAGGGGAAGAGGGAGAGUCGGAAGGGGAGGAAGGAGAGGCAGGGGAUAUCAAGGGUAAGGAGAGUCAUGUGAAGAAGCGGAAGAGUGAUGAUGGGGAGGAGGAGCAGGGAGGUAGCGGCUCUCUGCGGGCUGGGGUGAAGGAGGGCGCAGAGCCGGGAGAAGAAGGGGAGGCUGGCAGGCGCGAGGGUAGUGGGAAAGCGCGGAAGGGUGCAGGGCGUGAAAAGGGAGAAGAGUUGGCAAACGGGAAGGGGGAGGAGGAGGAGGCGGUGGAGGAGGAGGAGGAGGAGGAGCAAGGGGAGGAGGCAGGGGAGGAAGUGGGGGAAGGAGAGGAGGAGGAAGUGGCACGGAAGGUGGUGAAGAGGAAGGCGGAAGGAAAAGCAAAGGGGAAAACGGAAGAGGAAGUGGAAGGGGAAGCGGAGGGGGAAGCGGAGGGAAAAGCAGAGGGCAAAGGAGUGAAGGAAAGGGGUGAAGGGAAGGCGAAGAAAGUAGCAAAUGGGGAGGAUGGUGCGAAGGAUGGUGAGGAGGAGGAAGGUGAGAGUGAAGGGGGUGCAAGUAAGCAUGUGGCAAAUGCUGUGGGCAGGGAGAAGGUGAGGAAAGCUGAUGGGGGAGGUGAUGGUGAGGGAGAGGCAGAGCAAGGUGAGCCGGGCGGGGAGGAGGUGGAGAGUGAUGGGAAGAACGGUGAGGGGAGUGAUGAUGAUGGUGAUGGGCUGAGUGAGGGGGGAGACGGAGAAGGGUUGAAGCAGACCAAAAGCAAGAGUAAGAGUAAGAGCAAGAACAAGGUUCAGGGAGUGGCAGUGAAGGGGAAGACAGGUAGUGCUGCAGGCAAGCUGGAGGAGGGGGAGGGGAAGGAGGAGGAGGAGGUGGAGGAGAAGGAGGUGGAGAAGCGAGGGAAGGGAAGGGAUGGAGCUGAUGAUGGUGGUGAUGGUUUAGGGAAGGGGAUUCGUUCCGUUGCUGGAGAUGAAGAUGGGUUGGAGAGGGCUGAUGGUGAGGAGGCUAAGGCGGAUGGUGGGGGUGAUGGGGAUGAGGCGGGGAAGAGGCAGAGCAGGGUGAAUACUAAAGAGGAUGCAAAGGAGGAGGAUAAGGAGAAGGAGGGAGAUAAGGAGAAGGGAGGGGUGAAAGAGAAGAAGAGCUUGCAAAGAAAGGAUGUGAAAAGUGUGGGCAAGAAAAGCAGGGAAGAGGAGGUGGAGGAGGAGGGGGAGAAGGAGGAGGUGAAUGGGGAGAAGGGGAGGAAGAGCAAGGCCAAGAGCGUGCCGGCUUUGGCAGGUGACGGUGAUGAAGCGAAGCGAUCAGCAGAUGUUCAAUUGGCGGCUGAAAUUGGCAAUGCAACUGGUGAUGUUACGCUUGCAACUGGUGAUGUUACGCCUGCAAGUGGCGAUACCCAUCGUACCAGCAGCAAGAGUAGCAUCGUUAGCAGCGGCACAACAGAGAGGAGGAGUGAGCCUGAGGUGGUGGAGAGGGAGUGGGAGGAUGUAUCUGCAGAGGCAGCAGGCAACAAGACAGCAACUCCAGCAGGUACAGAAGAGGCGGUGGGGAGCGCGGCGGCAACGCUGGCAGCGGAAGGGAGCGUGGUGCAGGAGGGAGAGGACCUAAUGGCUGUGCCUGAUAAGGUGGGGCAGGCGAAUGAUACUGCCCCAGAUGCACGUGCACAUGGUGCAGCAGAUGCACGUUCGGGUGCGGAUUCAGGGGCACGUAAAGGCGGGAAGGGUGGGGUGUCUGCUGGUGUUGGUGGGGUUGAAGGCGGUGGAGUGGGGGGCGGAGGGCGCGAGGGAGUUGUGGUGCGGAAGAAAGUGGGAGAAGAUGCAGAGGAAGGAGGCGAAGCAGCGAGCAAGGAUGAGAAGACAGGCGUGGUGAAGACUAAGGAUGGGAACGCUGGGGCAGGCGGGGAGGCAGCAGGGGAGAUGAGGAGGACAGGAAAUGAGGUGGGCGAGCAGCAGGAGAGUGGUGGGAAGGAGGAAACGGGUGGGGAUGAAGUGGAGGAAGGGGAAAUCGGGAAGACGGGUAAGGGGAAGAGGAAGUCAAAGGUAAAGAAAGGCAAGACGAAGGCGAAGAAAGUGGGAGGAUCUUCAGAGGGGUUGAGUGAGGUGGAACGUGUGGAGGAGAAAGGAGGGACAGGGGUGAAGGGAGUGAGGUUGGAAGGGGAAGGGGGGGGUGUGAAGUCAAAAGAGCAGGUGGCAGCGGCAGGUAUGGGGGAGUCAGAUGAGACAGGCGGAGGACAAGGAGCAGACGGGGCACAAGGUGGGGAAGGAGCAGAUGGAGCGGAUGGAGCAAAAGGGGAUGUGAUGGAAGGUACUGACGGUGGCGUUGGUGGUGGGGUGUUGGAGAAGAGGGAGAAGAAGAGCGUGUCGAAAUCCAAGAAGAAGAAAGUGAAGGGGGCAAGCAGGAAGGCUCUGUUGAGUGAUGCACUGACAGGUUGA